AUGUUAGCCACUCUUGGAGUUGUAAGCGUUGUUUUUUUUGCUGUCAUAUUUGUAAAUUUACCAGAAUUAUAUAAUGACCAGAAUAUUUAUGAAUUUAUUCCAUAUGCAUUAUUCACUUAUUACAUUGGGGCGACUUUCGCAUGUAUCGCGGGCAUCAUUGGUGUAAUUAAGAAUAAAAUAAAUUAUGUAAAAAUUUAUUCCCUCUUUUAUUGGUGGCAACUUUUAUUGGGAUUCACUCUAUCCAUCGUAUUCUCUAUUGUGGCUUUCUACUUUGAUAGAGAUAUCUGUGAAAAAUUAAUUGAACAACCUGAUGUUGAUAUGGACAUGGAUACAUGCAUGGACUGGUACAUAAAGACUGCCUCCACAAUGGUUAUUUGUCUUGGAAUAUCGAGUCUCAUCGAUCUUCAUUUCUGUAUGGCCGUAUGGGCAUAUUACCAGAGACUCAAAGCCGAGUAUCAAUAUGAUGCACUUACGGAUCCUGGAUAUGUUAUUUAUUACACAUCAGUUCCUGCUUAUACUACUUCCCAACCACCUGCAUAUGAAUCAGUUCCUCAACUUGACACCAAAGUUGCAUCUACUAAUUCUAAGCAAUAG